CCCUUGCCCUGGUUGGGAGAUCCCUUCCUACUUGUCAAACCUCCAUCCCUUACCUCUCUCCCCCUUUUUUCUUUUUUUACUCUCUCCCUUCCUUUCAAUUGUCACGCAUACCAACAUUCUUCCUCGAUUGGUAUCCGAUUUGAAAAGAAGGUCGAUCUCCUUAAGUCAACAUGUGGACAACAACAUGUGGCUUGCGGGGCCGCAAGCUCCGCUUGGCCAUCACCAUCGUCUCCGUCCUGGGUUUCUCACUUUUCGGUUAUGAUCAGGGUCUGAUGUCCGGUAUCAUCUCCGGUGAUCAGUUUACGUCCGAGUUCCCUGCCCUGGCUACCGGCGCUGGCAAGGAUGACAACCACGUUUCGGUCCUUCGCGGUGCCGUCACUGCCUGUUACGAGCUCGGUUGUUUCUUCGGUGCCAUCUUCACUCUCUGCUUCGGUGAGCGCAUUGGUCGGACUCCUCUGUUGGUUGCGGGUGGUGUCAUCAUGACCAUCGGCGCGGUCAUCUCUACUGCCUCCUACGGCGACAAAUGGGGUCUGGGCCAGUUCGUCGUGGGUCGUGUCAUCUCGGGCCUGGGCAACGGCAUGGACACGGCCACUAUCCCCGUCUGGCAGUCGGAAUGCUCGAAAGCCCACAACCGUGGUUUCCUGGUCUGCUUCGAGGGUGCCAUCAUCGCCGUCGGUACUUUCGUCGCUUACUGGCUCGAUUUCGGUCUCUCGUACGUCGACACCUCGGUGCAGUGGCGCUUCCCCGUUGCCUUCCAGAUCAUCUUCGCCGUGCUGGUCACCGUUGGUGCCCUGAUGCUCCCCGAGUCCCCUCGCUGGUUCGUCAUGCGCGGCCACGACCAGGAGGCGCGCGAGGUGCUGGCCGCGCUGAACGACCUCUCCCCCGACUCCGACCAGGUGCUGGCGGACUACAACCUCAUGAAGGCGGAUCUCAAGGCCUCCCAGGAUAACAAGGCCAGCUUCAAGACGCUGUUUACCUUCGGUAAGACCCAGGAGUUCCAGCGCAUGAUGAUCGGAUGCUCGGGUCAGUUCUUCCAGCAGUUCACUGGCUGCAAUGCCGCCAUCUACUACUCGACCCUGCUGUUCGAGACCAACCUGCAGAUGGAGCACCGUCUCUCCCUGGUGCUGGGCGGUGUCUUCGCCACCGUGUACGCGCUGGCCACCAUCCCCUCCUUCUUCAUGAUCGAGAAGGUCGGUCGCCGCAACCUGUUCCUGAUCGGGUUCCUGGGCCAGGGGCUGAGUUUCAUCAUCACCAUGGGCUGCCUGAUCGACGACACCACGUCCAACUCCAAGGGUGCGGUCGUGGGUAUCUUCCUCUUCAUCGUCUUCUUCGCCUUCACGACCCUGCCCCUCCCCUGGAUCUACCCCCCCGAGAUCAACCCCCUCCGCACCCGGACCAUGGCCGCCGCCGCCUCGACCUGCACCAACUGGAUCUGUAACUUCGCCGUCGUCAUGUUCACGCCCGUCUUCUCCUCCUCCAGCUCCUGGGGCAUCUACCUGUUCUUCGCGCUGAUCAACUUCAUCGCCAUCCCCUUCGCCUGGUACUUCUACGCCGAGACCGCCGGCCGCGACCUCGAGGAGAUCGACAUCAUCUUCGCCAAGGCCCACAUGGAGAAGAAGUGGCCCUACCAGGUCGCCAACGAGCUCCCCAAGCUCACCGCCGAGCAGAUCGCCCAGAUGUCCGCCGAGGUCGGUCUGGAAAUCCCCUCCCACCAGGUGGCCCACGAGUCCGAGAAGGCCGAGCUAGCCCUCAGCAGUGGCGAGAGCCAGGAGCGCAAGGAGACCUACUAAUCCUGAGGCCUUUUGCCGCUUCAACAAAAAAUAAUCACCAGAUACCCCCCUCUCCCCGCAUUUAUACAUGUACAGUCGGAGCCGUGCUGCUUUGAAUUUGCAAUCGAUUACCCCCGAAGGAUCUUCACUGUCAGGUGAAGUUUUGAUGUCCUUCAAAUGUUUGAUGUCUUUCCCUUUUUUGAUUUUUGAUUUUCUUGUUGAUAUCACAAAGAUUCUCCGCAUUGGCUAUUGCUUCUUUUUCUUGGGAAUUGGUGAUGCGACAAUGUGUUCUAUGACGACUCCGCCUAUGCCACCACAAGGCUUGUGGGCACACACAUGUAUGGAGCUUGUUUUUCUUGUGGGGAGUUCCUCUUGAUCAGUUAUGGGGAUGACCCUCCUUAGAUGGUAUAUUGGUAUAUAGAUAUCCUGUGUUCGUUGAUAGAGGAGAGACAGCUAUCGGCAACCCAAUGCAUUUUCUGUGCC